UUUUUUUCUCACUUUCCCUUCUCACUACUUUCUUUUUUUUUUUUUCAGUGGGAUGAAUGACUCUUCAACAUUUGGAUAUAAUGAUGCUCUAGAGGAAAAUCCUUUCAGUGAUGUCAUAUCUCAAAAUGCUUCGGGUUAUUCGUCGUCACCACCACUAGUAACAUCCAUAUCAACGUCUAGUAGUUCGGCUCUUCCAAAAACAACGACAAAUGCAACAACUGCUUAUUCACCUAUCCAUUCGACUACUACUAUUGAGACUACCGAUAACAAUGUCUCAAAAGCUACUGAAACGACCAUCUCGACUGGAGAUAGUAAUGAUACACUUGAAGAUGCCAGCGAUGAGACAGCUUUAAAGGAAGACUCUUCACGACAUACCAUUUCGUCACCGACAGAACAUGAUAAUCACAACACUAGUACUACUACUACAGAUACAGAUACAGCAGCACCAUCACCAUCAGCAGCAGAUAACAGUCUUCCUUCAGCCUCGACAGACACAGAUAAUAUUCUCACGACCGCCACGGAAUCACUUGCCCUGAAUGAUCCUUCUUCUUCGUCAGCCAUUCAAGAACAAACUGGAUCACCCAUACGUGAAGACUCUGGAGAAGAAAGUGAUCAACAGUCAGAAGCAUUACGUCUUCCUGAAAGCGGUGCUAGACCUUAUUUUGAAAUCUCUGUGGAAGAUCCUCAGAAAGUGGGUGAUGCCAUCAAUGCUCAUAUUGUUUAUAAAGUCAAGACAAAGACCAAUUCACCAGCAUUUCGAUCAUCAGAAUUUGUGGUUGCACGACGGUAUCGUGAUUUCCUAUGGCUUUACAAUCAAUUGACCAAUGGCAACCCGGGAGUGAUUGUACCUCCAGUACCUGAAAAACAUGCUUUGGGUCGAUUUCAAGAUGAAUUUGUGGAAUCAAGACGGAUUGCUUUGGAACGAUGUUUACGGAAAACGGUGUCUCAUCCAAUGUUAUAUGGGGAUCCAGAUCUCAAAGUUUUUUUAGAAAGUGAAUCGUUCAAUAUAGAGAAACGACAAAAAAGAGCAGAACCUGAAACACCCAAGUUGGGAUUUAUGAGAUCUUUUGGCGAAACAAUAUCAAGUGCGGCUUCGAACCCUUUUGCCAAAUUUAUUGAAAAUGAUGAUUGGUUUGCUUCAAAGAAGACUCAAUUGGAUGCUCUGGAAACACAACUCAAAAUUUUGAUGAAAAGCGUGGAAGCGGUUGUGAAACAGCGAAAAGAACUUGGUGGAGCGAUCUCAGACUUUGGAGAAAGUAUGUUUCCUUUGGCGUCGGCUGAACUAAAUAGGAAUUUAUCCACACAUUUGACAGUAUUGGGCGAUAUUCAAAAACAAUUGAAAGAAUUACAUGAAGAACAAGCACAAUGUGAUAUCUUGUCUUUGGAACAUACCAUUGAUGAAUAUAUCCGGAUCAUCGGCUCAAUCAAAAUAUCAUUCAAUGCACGCAUUCGGGCCUAUCAAACCUAUCAACAAGCAGAGGCAGAAUUACAGAAAAAGAUUGCUUUGUAUGAAAAAUUAAAGGGACAACAGAAAAUCAAAUCGGAAAAGAUGGCUGCUACUCAACAGGAAAUCGAAGAGAUGCGACAACGAGUAGAGGAACUUCAAAAGGAAUUUGAUGAUAUAUCCAAAUUGAUCAAGAAUGAAUUGGAUCGAUUCGAUCAAGAAAAAGUGGAAGAUUUCAAAGAAAGUGUGGAAGCUUUCUUAUGUAGUAUGAUUGAACAUCAAAAGAAGGUGAUUGCUCUAUGGGAAACAUAUUUUGAACAAACGGAAGGACUUGAUGAUGAUGAUGAUGGUGAUGGUGAUGCAUUGGAACUAGUACAAGAAUAGUUUAUAUAUACAUUUAUUGAAUAAAAGAAAAAAUCCAAGUCUGUCUACAUUUUCA